AAGCACCAAGGAACCUUAAUGCUGUGCUAACCUCAUUGUUUUGGUCUGCUUUCCCCCAUCAUGCAGUUCUCUCACAUUGAGCUAUUUCACAAGGCGGGAGGGAACAAAGACAAGAUACACUGGGGUUGUGUCCUGGUACAGGCAGGGAGUGCUGUCACGUCCAGACUGGUAUGGAAUGUGGUUACCAAAUCAGAGCCAGAAAAGGCAUGCAACAAGUAACGGCUGUGUGCCAUUCCCUCCAGCUAGUGGAUAUAAAUACAAGCCCUCCUACAUGAAUGUGUGUGCAGCACAUUUGCCGUGUACGGUGCACACGCCACCAGAUUAAUUGCUUCCCAAGAGGAGGGUGCCGAACACCAUGCCUACAAUAGUCCCCAAGAGCAAAGCCCCAGGGGUCGAUUUCUGCGGCGUGAACGAAUAUUACUACAUCGUCCGCUCAGACCUGGGCUGCUACAUGCGGUCGACCAAUUUCAACGAAGGAAAAGAUCUGAACGUGUAUAGUCUGCACCCCUCCUGCCAGGGCGGGGAGCACUAUCUCGCCCACCAGGAUGACCUCUUCUACAUCAUCAAAGGAGGGGCUUAUCGCCGUGUGUCCAACAUGAACACGGACACAGCCCGUAGUCUACAAUCUCCACCCCAAUUGCCAGGGAGGAGACCAUUAUCUCUCAGCCUUUGGGUCCUUCUACAUUGUCUUCCAGAGCAAGGGUGUCUACCGCAAGGUCACCAACAUGAACACCGAUUCUGAUGCUGUCGAAUAUAGCCUCCACCCGUCCUGCCGAGAUGGCCUCUAUUACUGGGGUGUCAAGGGCUAUUAUUAUUUUGUCAAGCCCCAUGACGAAUGGGGGAUCCAGUAUUACCGAACCACCAAUUUCCACGAGAACGUGGAUGCCGUAACCUAUUCCUUCCACCCUGAUGUGGUCAACUUCCUCCCUGGUGGGUUGGCUAUCACCCAGGGUUCAGCUUUCGGCACCUGGGAGGCCAUCAAGACCAUCUCCAAUGAUUCCAACACACCCAUUACCUGGAACAAGAAGAUCACCAGGAAGGUGGGCUAUGCCAAGGAGAAGAUGAGCAGCAUAGAGCACAACUGGAGCGUGAGCAUCUCAGCAUCAUAUCAGUCAGGAGCCCUCACCGAAGCCAUUGCCAAGUACCAGUUCUCCCUCACUACUCAAUACGGCGGGAAAAGCAUCAACACGGAGAAGGAGAACUGGAGCGAGGCCACCGACGUGGAAGAGUCUGUCAACCUGACCCUGCAGCCGAAAGAGAAGAUCUACAUAUGGCAGUACCAGCUGGGCCUGGGCAAGAAAAGCGUCUUGUUCUGCCGUGACAUGAAAUUCAACGACAAUCCAAACCCACCUACUGAAGUGCCCCUGCCGCCUUCUAACCAGUGAUCUGAAAUAGGGAGGCCCCAGGAAUACCUAAGAGCCUGCUCGCUGCCUUGCAGUAUUGCUAAGAAUUGGGGUUG